AUGGAUGUUAGCAAUCUGCUGGAGAACGCCAUUUUGAGCUCCGACCCGGGCGAGCGUGGCCGCGCAGAGGCGGAGCUCCUGCGGCUGUCGGAGCAGAGCUGGGGCGCGUAUCUUCUGAGCAUGGUGGAGGUGCUGAGUAAUGAAACAAAGAGGACGGAGGUGCGGAUCCUGGCCGGGCUGUCGCUGAAAAACCAGCUUGUGUCGAAGGAUCCGGUCAAGAAGCAGCAGCUGGCCGAGCGGUGGGUGCAGCAGGACGGCGAUCUGAAGCAGAAGAUCAAGGACACGGCGCUGCAGACCCUGCUGACGCGUGACGAGCGUGUGGCGAACGCUGCGGCCCAGCUGGUGGCUGCUGUGGCCGACAUCGAGCUUCCCCUGGGGACGUGGAACGAGCUGAUGCACAUCAUAGUGGACAACACCAAGGCAGACAAGCCGGUGAACGUGAAGCGGGCGUCGCUUCUGGCCAUCGGGUACGUGUGCGAGAGUGCCGACGCCACGAACCCGGCCGUGGUGGCGCAGGCGAACGGGAUCCUGAUCGCGAUCGUGCAGGGCGCGCAGUCGUCGGAGCCCAGCACGGUUGUGCGGAAGACGGCCAUCAAUGCGCUGGUCAAUUCGCUGGAGUUCAUUGCGGGCAAUUUCGAGCGCGAGGGAGAGCGGAACUACAUCAUGCAGGUGGUGUGCGAGGCCACGACGGCGGCGGACCCGGAGCUGCAGGCGUUGGCGUUCGGAGCGCUGGCCAAGAUCAUGAGUCUGUACUACCAGUACAUGGGGAUCUACAUGGAGAAGGCCCUGUACGGUCUGACGGUCUCGGGCAUGCAGAGCUCCGACGACAGGGUGGCGUGCAUGGCGGUGGAGUUCUGGAGCACGGUGUGCGAGGAGGAGCUCGAGAUCGCCAUCCAGCUGGAGGAAUACAAGGACCAGCCGCCAGCAGACCUUGUUUCGUACAAUUUCGCGCUCGUGGCCAUCACGGACGUGCUGCCGACGCUUCUGAGCCUGCUGUUGCGUCAGAACGAAGACCCCGACGACGACGACUGGUCGGUGGCCAUGGCUGCGGGCGCCUGUCUGCAGCUCUUUGCACAGAACACCACAAACUACGUGGUGCAGCCCGUGCUGCAGUUUGUGGAGGCGAACCUGAACCAGCCCAGCUGGAGAAACAAAGAGGCCGCCGUGAUGGCAUUCGGCUCGAUUCUGGACGGCCCCGACCGCUCGGAGCUGACCGUUCUGAUCGGCCAGGCGCUCAGACCGAUCCUGGCCCUCAUGAAGGACGAGUCGCUGCAAGUCAAGGAGACCGUCGCGUGGUGCGUGGGCAGAAUAGCAGACAUGGUGGUCGAGGCGAUCGACGUCAACACGAUGCUUCCCGAGGUGAUCCAGGCGUUGGCUGCCGGUCUGCAGGACCAUCCGAAAGUCAGCACGAACUGCUGCUGGACGCUCAUCAAUCUUGUGGAACAGCUAUGUGUGGACGCCAAGGACUCUCCGUCGAGCAUCAUGUCGCAGUAUUACCCACUGGUGGUGCCGAUUCUGAUCCAGAACACAAAUUUACCUGAUAACGAGCACUCGGCCAGAACGUCGGCCUACGAGGCGCUGUCGACGCUUGUGCUGUACAGCAGCGCCAACGACAUGCCGAUGGUGAACCAGAUUGCGUCGGAGUCGCUUGCCAAGCUCGACCAGACCAUAUCCGUGCUGAUGCAGGGAACACAGGUUUCCGGCGAGGAGAAGGCCGUGUUGCAAGAGUUGCAGGCCAACAUUCUGUCGUUGCUGACGAACGUGGUUCGGCGAAUUGGCGGCGACAUUGCCGCGGUCUCUGACCAGCUGAUGGAAAAGUUCCUGCGGCUGCUGCAGAUCCAGGAACCAAACUCGAUCAUAGAAGAGGACAUUUUUAUUGCCAUUUCGUCCAUCGCGUCUGCCAUCGACGUCCAGUUCGAAAAGUACAUGCCGUCGUUCCUGACGUUCCUCACCAAGGCGCUCGAGAACACCGACUCGCCCGUCUGCGACGCUGCCAUCGGCCUUGUGGUGGACAUCUCUCAUUCCCUGGGAAACGCAUUUAUUCCGUAUUGCCAAGGGUUCAUGGCCAUUUUGGGAAACACGCUCUCGAGCCAGAACGUGCGUCGCGAGCUGCGGCCGCUGAUUCUCUCGUGUUUCGGCGACAUCGCGUCGUCCAUCGGACCGGAGUUUAUCCAGUAUUUGCAGGUCGUGAUGAACAUCUGCAGCUCUGCGCAGCAGCUGGAGCCCGAGGACGCGUCUCUGGAGACCGAGGACUACAUUUUGAGCGUGAAGGAGGCCGUUCUGGACACCUACGUGGGAAUUGUGACCGGUCUGCACGACUACCCGGACGCUUUGCAGCCGUACACGCUCCAGAUCGCCACGUUCCUGAUGCAGGUGUACCAUAACCAGGCCAUGUGUUCGAGCGAGAGCGUUUGUCGGUCUGCCGUGGGGCUGCUCGGAGACCUGGCCCAGAUCUUCAGCGACGGCAGACUGAGAGAGCUGUACCAACAGGACUGGGUGGGCGAGUUCAUCAAGAAGACCAGGACCAACCAGAGGUUUUCCCAGGGCACCAGAGACACAGCUAGAUGGGCAAGAGAGCAGCAGAAGCUGCAAUUACAGUAA